AUGCGAGACAAUAUUAUUAUACAUGGAUUACCCGAAGAACCAAAAGAAACUUACCAAACGACAGAAAACAUUGUGAAAUCCUUCCUCAAAUCCAACCUCAAGCUGGAGGAUAGCGCGAUUCGACAUAUCCAGUUUGCAAGAGCACACCGCCUAGGACCCCAGCGCGAGGGGGAAUCCCGAAGUCGUCCCAUCGUGGCCAAACUCCUGGACCCCAGGCAUAAAUCCAUGAUCAUGGGGAAUGCCAAACAGCUCAAAGGGUCGAAGCUUGCCCUAAGCAACCAGUUUCCCCCGGAGGUCAUGCGGAGGCGCAAGCUGCUCCAGCCGGCUUUCUUUGAGGCAAGAUCCGCGGGAAAGAAGGUCAGGCUAUCGAAGGAUAAACUCUACAUCGAAGGUACACUUUAUCGUAACUCUCAAAUAACUUAUUGGCUCACCGGUGGCAACAGCGCGCACGCUGCACCAACGCUCCAGAGCUGA